AAUAAACACAAUUCAAGAAUAGCAUCAGCAUUUAGACAAUAAAUAUUAGUUUGGAAUGCGCAGGGACUUGAAAACGUUUUCGUCUUACAAUUUUAAUUAGCUAUCGUAUUAAGCGAUGGUUGUUAAUUUUUGACCGUAUUUUUAAUUCUUUUACACAGUCAAACGCCAGAGGCAGCCGAGCGCCAAGGCGGUAGACUCAAACAAACAGACGAGGACGGAAAAUCUCUGGCUGUGUUAAAGUUGGGUACAUUUAAAACACACAAGAAACAGAAAAUAUCGCUUCUACAAGUCUAGAAGGGUUUUCUUUCGUCAGUCUCCGUCAUGAAGACCUCUAAAGCAACAGUGCAGACAUCUGCUCAAGAGGAAUGUGGCGUUUGGUUGGACACUGUGCAGCUGAAAGGAAAAGCUAAACAAAAACGUCUCGCUCGCCCCAUUUCUAAAUUGCUGAAUCCCUUCGCUCAAGGUGGGGGAUACAGUUUGGCUGUGGCACUCAGCUUCACUCAGACCAAAAUGGAAAUGCCAAAAACUAAACAGAGUUCUAUAUCAACCUUUUUCACGCCUCAUCAGAGAAACCUCAAUAAGAUGUCCACUUCAGCACCACCAAACAUGGAUCCAUCUACCUCAACUACACCCACAGUGGUAACAUCUGGGAGAAAACGAGGACGUGACACGUAUCACGAAGAGUCUGACUUGUGUAAGUCUGAUGUAGAUCAUGAGUGGGACAGGGAAAAUGUGUCAGAGGCUGACGCAACACUGUGGCCGAGGCAAAUAACAAGUGUUUCACCUUCACAAAAUAUACACUGUGAAUUUGAAGAGGAGAAUUUUGAAGACUUUAAACCGCCAAAGAGUAAGAGGAGGCUCACAGACACGUCACACUUACUACCCGGUGACAGUCAACCUCUUCCACAGGCGUGGAGUCAGGACCCACUGCUUACCUAUAGCCAGUAUGCUGAAAGUGAAUUUUACCAAGCGAGCCAGAAAAACGCCACACAGAAGAACUUAAGCGACUCUGAGCCGAGUUUCCUCAACAGUCUACAAAGUGAGGAAGGUUUUGGAAAUCUGAUGGAUGUAAACGGAAGAACGUCGACUCAAAAAUCUUUGAAACAUCCUCAUUCUUCUCAGUUUGAUGAUGAGAAAGAAAACAGCAAGUCAUUGUCUUUUAAUUCCCCAAGUAAGCGCUCGUCGAAUCUGAAGUCUUUAAAACAUCCUCGUUCUUCUCAGAUGGACGAUGAAAAAGAAAACGGCAAGUCAUUGUCUUUUAAUUCCCCAAGUAAGCACUUGUCUUUCUCUCACGGGGGACAUCUUUCGAACCACAAAUGGGCAGAACCAAAAACUGUGUUACCUCGAAAGCAUAAACGUGAGCUGUGGAAAAAGGCUGAAGAACAGGAGAUCCUUGACUCAGAGAUCAAGUGGACAAAACCGAUUUGCUCUCCUCUUAAAAAACGAGCACCACAGCAGCGAAACAGAGGGGUCGAUGAAGACAGUUUGGCCAUGUUGUUUACUCAGGACUCUGAAGGCUUUAGGGUGAUAGCGCAUAGAGGCCUGCAAACCAGGAGUCCGCUCAAAGAUCAGAGUAAUGUAAGCAAUGGGAUGUUGAGAACUAGUGCUUUUAAAUCUCUGGUGGAGGAGGAAGCGGAGGACGACAUGCUCUUUACUCAAGACUCUCAGGGAAAUGUGGUGAUCAAACACUGAACAAGAUGUCUCCAGAUAUCUUCUUGUAUGUAUAUAGUCCAACAAACAUGGAUGUUAGAGUGGACUGACUGAAAUGUCUUUUUUUUUUUAAAUGCAGCAACCAUAAGCUUAAUUAAAUGUUGUUUUCUAAUGUU